UCUUGCAAAAAGUGAGUGAAACGUCAGUGAUUGCAGUUCCAGUCUCAGUUGUCUGAUUUUUGUUUACCUUGUCGGCUCGGAUUUCUGAUAAGAUUUCACUGUGAGGGUUGGAAGUUCCAUGUUAAUCAAUGUUGGGAGGAUGGUGUGAAAACUUUGCAGUUAUAUGAGUUGCCAAGAUGUCAGAGUCAAAGCCAAUUUUACAUAUUCUGGUCGUGGGAUUCCAUCACAAAAAAGGAUGCCAGGUUGAAUUCUCUUAUCCUCCCCUGAUACCUGGUACCGAAGGGCGAAAUGAGUGCCCAUCAGGAUGGAAGUAUUUACCAACUUUAGCUCUGCCCGAUGGAUCACAUAAUUUCUCCGAGGACACGGUUUUCUUCAAUCUUCCUAGUCUUCUAGACCCCACCGACAGCAUUUACGGAGUAUCAUGUUAUCGACAGAUUCCUGUUGAAAAAUUAAAAAUAAGAACGGCAGAUGUAACGCGCAGUACAGUUCAAAAGUCCGUGUGCAUUUUAGCUGCGCUUCCAUUAUACGGUUAUAUUGAAGUGAAAUUAUCGCUCAUAGCAAAUGCUUUUUUCGAUCAAGGAGAUUUUUCUUGUACAGACAUCAUAGUGAAAGCAUACGAUCAAUUAAAUGCUUGUCUGAUUGAUGAACCCAACCCUCUUUGCCAUAUUGAUGUUGGACUCCCAUUGAGGGAGAUCAUCUUGAAAUGGCGCCAUAAAACUCUGCUUCUUUUCAAACUGUUUUUACUGCAACGUCGUGUAGUUUGUUUCAGCUCGCCGGUUCGCAAUAUGUGCACCCUGAUUUUGGGCGUUGCAUCGCUUUUCCCGAAGUUGAUGCAGAAAGGGUUCCAAGAAGUUGCUUGCGUACGAACGUCAAGACCACUGUCACCCAUGCCAGACUUUUCAACGACAGGGAAAAAUCGUGAGAAUAAUUUCCAAAUUACAACGAAAGAUUGUGAUAAUGAAACCAUAAGUGAAACGAUAAGUAAUUGCAUGGAACCGAAGGGGGAAAUUGUAGAGGGAAUUGAAAAGGCUAGCGAAAUGUAUGAGCUAAAUCGAGCAGAUUCUAUUGAAUCUGAUGCGAAGAAAUCAGACAGGAACUCCUUGCCUCGUGAUGCCAGUGUGGAUACCUUAGCAUCUACAUUACAUCCGUUGAUUUCGAUUAAACCAGAGUUAUGGCAUGCCCCAAUUCCAAUUUUCGCCAGUGGACAUCUAUGCUUGCCAUAUUUAUCGUUGCCCUAUAUGGAUCUACUUACUGAUCCUUCCGUAUUAAGUUACAUUAUUGGCACGUCGAAUAUACUUUUCCAUCAGAAAAAAAAUUUAGCUGAUGUUCAAAUCGACGUAGAAGCGGGAACCAUUGAAACGAAUGAUUUGGAUUUACGACGACAACUUGUUCUCACAACCGAGGACUUGAGAUUCGUUGAUUUUUUAAUUCGCCACGUUCAAAAUCCAAAAGAAGGAGCUGAAGGUAGUGAGAGUUGGAUACGGGAGCAGUUCCAAGGUUACAUGUUGGCGCUGUUGAAAAUGUCUACGAUGCAAGAAAACACAAAGGACUGUGAACACUUUAAUGGUCAUUUUAUGAUGGCUUGGAAAAAAUCUCAAGGUUAUCUCGAGUGGUACGAAACGAAACCAGAAGAUAGUUUCUUUGAUUCAGUUCCUAGUGGUCAUCCUUUUGCCGGCACGUUAUCGGUGGCUGAUAUGAAGCUCAAAUUAGCACAGACAAUGCAUAAUAGUGAAAGUGGGAGGAAAAUUAAUCAAGCUGUAAAUACAACUAGUCGGGCAGUUGGUGGUGCAAUAUCGCAGGCGAAAGGCGCCUUUUCUAAUUGGUGGUCGUCAAUAACGACUAAUCCUGUCCCAGUAAAUCAGCAACAAUCGCAGCAACCUUUGCCAGAGUCGAUGCAUCCACAUGUUGACUCACAGUUUGCAAAAGAAAAUGAAUCUGACGAACAAAGUAAUGAUGGCAACAAGUCGGUCGACGGGGAUAUAACAGAGGGCGAGGAUCUAUGUGAGCAGAUUGAAAGUAGAAAUAUUAAUGAUGAAUUGGUAGAGGAAAUUGUGGAAGAUAACAGCGUUCCAAGUAAAGAGGAUGGAAUUGUUGAAAUAGCAAAAGAGGCAGAACUUUUAGACAGUAACAAACGAAUGGGGGGCAUUUACACAGUAUAACCGUUCUCUUGCUCUUUGUCGAAGUUGUUUUUUUCAGGAUGUAUAAAUCAAUCCUAUCGCAGGGAAUAGUAAGAUGGCAGAACUUUGAAACAUUUUUACAGUUCGUAUGUAGUGAUUAUUCAAUUGAUUAGUAUUUAUAUAAAAGACGCGUAUUAUGAUAACAAUGACAUGUACGAUGUACCGCAUAACAGGUUUAGUAAUAUGUAAUUGUGAUUUCGAUAAUGUAACUUUGAAUAUUCGAUGCCUGAUGUACUUAUAUUCUAAUUAAUGCGUCAGAAUCAAGAAUGGGAGAGAGUAAUUCCAUUUUUUUUGUAAGUAAACCUUGCGGAGAGGUUUACUUUUUGUGAACAUUUUUGAAAGGAUGAGACGAAUAUUUUGUUAUUCCAAAUUUUAUUACCUUUUGCAUUCAGGUGCAAGUUCUCAUUCUUGGCUAAUUGAGAAAGGAUUGGUCGAAUUUCUCAAGUGUGCACUUUACUUUAAUGCAGUGUAUAGACCUUUUACAAGGACGUUCUGACCCAUUAACGUAACUAUUAUCUUUGGAUUCGUGCAUAUCUACUGAUAUAAAGUUGCCGUAACUUCAAUGCAUACUAAGUAUAUCAAAAAGUUCGCAAAUGGAAGUGAAAAAAACGGAUUUAUAGUUGUAAAAAUUACUUCUAUACACUUAGUCCAACAAUUCUCUAAGUUAAGGAUCCCGACUCAUUAGUGGUUUUCUGGAAGAUCGGCAAAAUAUCCCGUUAUAUCAUCUAUUACCUCUUCAUUUGGUGAAAAUCGAUAUCCACGCAAGGAUUUUUUGAAGUCUGGGAAAAGUCAGACGUCAGAGGAAGCUAAUUUUUUAAAUAUGAUGUUGCAACAAUUCGAACUUUAGUUCCGUGAUUAUUUUGUGAGCUUUGUAAGCAAGUACAUUGUCUUGAUGUAAAAUUACCUUUUUUUAUUUUCAUGUGAAGCUGCUUCAUAGGAGGUUUGGAGGUAAUCCACUAAUAAAAUUAUUUGGCAACGCAGAAUACCGAUACUAACCCUUUUUAGCUGACUUCUGUACACGAACUCGCUGUCGUGUCGAAAAUUCGGGUGGACACCAGUUAGUUUCUUAUUUCAAUCCAGGAUCAUGGUGGUAGAUCCAGGUUGCAUCCAUGGUGAUAAAUUGGCACACAUUUUUUUUCCUUAGGCGCUCCAAAUGUGGGUGAGAAAGUCGCAUUCGGAUGCGUUUUGUUCCAUUGUUAAAGAAUGCGACACCCAUGCACAGCUUUCUAAAACUUAAAAUGGCAUUUAAGAUAUCCCAGCGGACAGUGUAAGUGAGUUGAGAUAGGUACGGUCUCUACUAAUUUUUCGUGUGUCACUUGAUGAUUUUUUAUAUUUCUUUGUUUUCUUCGUCUUUUCUGUAUUUUUCUUUGUUUUUCUGUACUUUUCUUGUUUUCUGAAUUUUAUGCACUUUUUGGGCGUUCUGCACGUGGAUCAUUUUCAAUGCUUGUACGACCACUUUAAAAUUCACCAGUCCAUUUAAAAAUCGUUUUCGAAGGAGCAGAUCCGCCUAACGCAUUCACGUUUUCGGUAUAAAUCUCCAUUGGCAUCAAUUUUGUUUUUACAAAAAAUUAAUAAGCGCACGAUGUUUCCCAUUGUGGCAAAACGCCACCUUAGAAAAGCUGUAAACGAAAACAUAAUUGCCAGAUCGAGUUGAAAUUCAGAGAAUCCUUUAAUGAUAAAUGGAAUGUUAAAAUAUUAUCUAAACCUUAGUUCUGAUAUCGACGGAUAGAUAGCGUUCCGCGAACUUCUUAAUACACCUAGUAAAUCCUUUUUUAUCAUCGCUGAAUUUGAGCGUUUGCUCACUUACCAUACCGUUCCAAUCUUCAGAGUGAUUUCUGUACUUUGCAUACAAUUUGAAUUUCCAGGCAUUUUCGAAGUUUAGUUGGUUUUGCAAUAAUUACUCUUGAGUCAGUGGCUCAUUUACCUAGCUCUCUCUUCAAAUACUUGAUAUCGAUAUUUAAUUUUUUAAAUUAGCCAAAAUAAAAGUAUGUGAAAGAUGUAAUUUUGUUUCUAUUCCAAAUUUGUAUUUAAUGCAAUUGUUUCUCAAGUAAAUAUAUUAUACUUGUAUAAAAUAAGUAAGCUAAGCCGAAGUAUCAUGAUUUUUUCGAAUAAAAUGAUAAUCAAGUAAUGAACUACAGUUUAAAAUGGACACAAACAUUUGUCCCCGGAGAACUCUUAAACUUCCCAACACGACAGAGGCAAGUGAUCGCCUCGAAAUAUACGUAUGGUGUGUACCAAGGUCCUAUACCGGAUGUAAUCGUGUCUGCUCUUAUAUUAAUCAGUAGUUAUACUUCUUUGAAUAUAAAACACGUUUGGAAAAAAGCUGUGAAAAAUUAUUUUAGUCAUAUUGCGGAGCCAUAUACUUACGUUUCACAAUGUUUUUGAGAACAGAUUUUGGUUGAUGAAGAGUUCAGAAUAAAAUUUGUGUUUCCACGUUGUGUUGCUGGUGCAAAGCACAAAGCCAUGAUGUAAAUUCCAUUCAUACUUAGUUCCAUGGAAACAUUUAUAUUGAUGUAUCUACAUAUGUGCUUUAUUUAUAAAACUAAUAAAUCUAUGUAAUUACAUCA